AUGGAGGGGGUGUCUAUGACCUUUGUUCCCAGCGGUAAUGGUGGCGGUGGUGGUGGUGGUGGUGGUCAAACCAGUCCUACGGAAUCGGAGCAACGUGUGAGUCCCGGGAACCGCUUGCCGUCGAAGAAAGGCCCGACGUCCCUCUACGGGAUCUCUGCUUCUACUGGCUUCUUGGGCCAUGCCCCUGAAGAUUCUUCGGCGUCGGCCGCUGCGGGACAUUUUGGAGUUCGUUUGUACCUCAUUUGCUACGCACUGCGAUCAAGUGCUUGGACGAGGCCCAAGAAGGAAGAGGAAGAGGAGGACAUCUCGGAAAGGAGCUAA